AUGGCAGCGGGAACAGAGGCAGCAACCGAUAUAGCCAGUUUGCAGGUUUCUUUACCACAAAUGUUGGAUCUAGCGUUGGGAACGCCGGAAGUUGGAGCGGUGAAUUUGAACAUCCUGCACAACUUCUUGCAUGUUUUACUGCAUCAGAUAAAUUUGCAGUCGAUUAAGGUUGAAUACCGCGGUGAUGAUGCUAAUCGAGUGCAAACGAUGGUAAGCUCUCUAAAAACUGGACCUUCGCUACACCUUCAAGAAUACAGCAUUAUCGACGCAAACAAUGAAGCACAACCAGCACCGACUGAUGAUCCUGCAAAUAUACAAGUUGAUGUUGUAAGACCAGAGGACCUAAAAUCCAAAGGCACACGACAGGCAGUCAGUCCUGCAGGAGAAGGCGAACCAGAAAAGGUCAUCUUCGUGGAACCAAUUGUCGAUGGCGCAACACCUACGGCAUUAGGAUUCAAACGUCUUGAACAAUCCGUAAACGAGCUUCGCCAACGUUUUCAAGCUUUGGAAGAAUUAGCGACUACUCCGGAACUUGUUGAACGAGUGAAGGGUAAACUUACCGAUCCCGUGACUGAUGUUUGGCAGAUCAUCAGUAUUACUAAUAGAUUAGACGCUAGUGAACAAGGUAUUGAUAAGUUGACAAAAAUGAUGCAAGACGUACUCAAAGGGGAAACGACGGUCGUGGCGGCCGCGGGGUCAGAGGCGGACACGUCCACUCUCGAAAACAGAUUGUCGAAUUUAGAGAGGGAACUCGAUACCUUGAGCCAAGUUGUUAAGAAUUUGCAAAUAAUAUCUGACAAGGGCGAGGAGGAAGGUGAAGAAACCGAAGUAGGGGGAGCACCGGCCACUUCGAAAGACGAAGGACAGCCGGCACACCGGAUUUCGUUAAGUCAGCUUUUAGGAGGAAUAGACGUGAAACAAAUGAGUCAGGACGUCUCCACGUUGCAGGCGCACGUUGCUCAAAUGAAAGAUGAGCUGCAUGGUUUGAACGAGAAACUUAACAAAUCGCAAUCUGAGUUGGUGGCAUACAUAUCGACGGAACAAAAGAAACAUGAACCAAGUAAAGAACAUGAACAAGAGCAAACACCGAAAACGAGUGUCGAUGAACACAGCCAAGCAACGGAGGAAAAAUCUGAUAUACCAGCCGAAACGCCUAAGAAGGCAUCAAAAUCAGCAGACAAAGACAGUCCUAAACCUUCAUCGAGGAAAGCCACAGCUGAAAGCGGGAAAACUGAAGAAACAGCCGACACUGAAGAACUGGGAGAAUUAAAACAGCGUGUUGGAAAAUUGGAGAAAGAUGUGGUGUGCUUGUUCGAGAAAGUGGAAAGUGCUCCAAUGGCUGGAGUGAGCGGCAAUGCUGAGCUCGAUGAGUUGGUGUCGAAGAUCCAGGGAAUUCAAAAUGAUAUGGAUAAAUUGCACCAAACUGCGGAUCGAUUGAUCGACGAUCGAGAGAAUCGUGAGAUACAUCUUAAUGCAUUGCUAGAACAAGUAGAACUACUGAAAACUAUAAAAGCAGAUAGAGAAGAUCUUGAAGACGCCCUAGCCGACAAAGCUGACGCUCAGGCAAUAAACAGAAAAGUAUCGUAUGAUCAAUUUGACGCAGCUUGCGACGACUUAGCUCAAGGUUUAGAGGACGCAAUCAGUAAAUUAGGAAAACAAGAAUCGAUUUGGCAGCAAGCUAUGGACGAAGUGCAAAGAGAAAUCGAGGGGAAGGUUGACAAAAUCGAAAUGACGCCAUUGAAGGACUUUGUAAAUACUCGACUGAAGUCGCUGCAGGAUAAGGUGAAGUCUGUGGCUCAAAUGAGACAAGAUGACGAGGCGGCUGGAGCGAAGAAGCUACUCAAGGACAUUCAAUGUAUAUCUUGUGAUAAAAAUGUCGUCAUGAAGACGGAGGAUACUCACAAGUUUAAACCAGAUACCUUACCUUGCACUGGAAGCAUGAAGCCGUAUUUGACUUAUGAGUUAGAUCAAGUCAGAAAGCAGCAUAGAAGAUUGCCUCAUAGUAGGAAUAUGUUACAGUUCGAGGCAGCUUUACAGGAAGAAGCUAGGAAACAGAAAAUCGCGAAAGCUGAUAAUUUGGUGAAGACGCCUAGAGAUCAUCUCUGUAAUCGAUACUGCGGAGGAAGCCACACAGUGACGACUCCUCAGCAGAGAGUAAUGCGAAUGGGUCAUUUCCUGACCCAGUGGGGACCGGAAAUAAUUCAGCUAACGGAAGGAAUGAUAAAAGGAACGGAUGGUAAAAUGUACAAGAGUCGGCCCAUGCCGGGUAAAUUCGAUGUCUGUGGACCUGGUUACUGCGACGAUCAUGGCGAUGAAGUUAGACCAUCUGAAAAAUCUCCAACCUCUGCAUUGCAAGUACAACGAAAAUCCGUUGAAAAACAACCAGCUGCGGUUCCAAAGAGGAAAUCAGCUAAGAAGCAACCUCGAGAACUAUCCACUGAAGUAAUAGAAGAGUUAGCAGAAUCUCCUGCAGAGGAGGCAGAGAGACACGUGUCAGAUAUGAUGUAUGACAGCCCUGAUCAAGUUAUUCGAUACAUGGACGACGAGGAAAUGGAAGAUUUAGAGUAA